AUGGAGGACAACGGGCAGCGAAGACUAUCUAUCCUUUCGGACAUCGAGCUUGUCAAAUGUGUGAUGAUAGGGGACGACGAGUCAGGGAUUCAGAUGAUGAUGAAGAAGUAUGCUCAAUAUGUCGGUGUACCGUAUGGCGAACAGGACGCAGAGCUUAUUACUGCAUUCAACGGCAGAAAGUGUAUUUUCCGAGCUGCUCCCGCUAGAGAUUUUGAGGAUCCCCAUGUGUUUCUACUAUGUGUAUCAGUGGCCCGUCAAGCUAGUGCAGAGGAAACUGUGCGGAUGAUCCUCGACACAGUGAUUGAACGCAUACGUGGCAUUCCUUUCGUUCUUGUCGGGACCCAAAUUGACAAGAGGCUAUCUAUGCUCAUCGAGAACUACGGCAGUGGCCAAACAAAGUACCUUCCGAUGCCCUUGAAUCAGGCGGAGUCGUUCGCUAAACGUAUUGGAGCUAGCAAAUAUUUGGAGUGUUCGGAGAUUACGGGGGAAGGCUUGGACGAAGUUUUCGAAGAAGCAUUUUCGGUCGGCUACAACUAUGCAUUGGAGCAACUUCGUGGCUACAGAAGGAAAAUGUCGGAGGCGAACAUGCCGAAGGAACGAAAAAUUAGUUGCAUUACUCAAUAA